ACGUACCACAACAGCCAGAAUUAAAAAAAAAAUAUAAAAUGUUCAUACAGUAUUUGUUUAUUUUGACUGGAAUCUUGCAUUUCAAUGGUAUUUUUGCAACUUCAAUUGUAGAGGGUCCAUCAAGUGAAAUACGAAAUUUACAAAUGUACGAUAAAUUGAGCAAAAAAUACUAUCCAGUAUUUUGUGCAAAUUCACAAGAUCUAGAAAACAGCUGUAUUAUUGCACAAAGAUGUGAAAAAUAUGAGGCAACAAAUGUCGCAGUGAUAGGAGAGUUUCUAUUCAAUGGAACAUAUACUCAGGACAAAGAUUGGAACUGGUUAUCGGUCUAUGCAGCUGACAAACUUCCAGUGAAAACAGUGGGUAUACUUCAAUCAAGGCUCAUGUUGAAAAUUGAUAAAAGAGCAGAUCUCUAUACAACAUCUAUAAAGUUCGAUUUGGCUUGGGAAACAAAACACAAUGACAUGGGAUGCUUGAAAAUAUAUAAUCCAAUGAACAAAGAUAAACGAGUUGUCAUCAAAACAAGUUGCAACGAUUUUUUCUUUGAUACAUAUAACAUGUUCCGUUAUGCACCGAGUAACGUCAAUGAAUAGUCUGUAUCACUACUACCGUAGGAUUUUUUGUUUAGUAUACACUUAGUUGAAUUAAAAACAAA